AGCGUGAGGAUUUUAACGAUUUAUUAUUCCGCGUUUGGAGACAUCAGGCUGUGUUUGGCGCAACCAUUUUUCUCUUGUCUCUUCGCACUUCCCUUCCGUUGUUUACGAUGAAGGCCACGCUCAAAGGCAAGUACGACGUCGACAAAAACGGCGCCGCUUUCGCCACCGUCGCCGUCAACGCCGCCGACGUCAGGUUCCGUGCCUCCGUAACAGAAGCCACUUUCAUCAACGGCCCCAGCCUCACCGGCUUGGCUCUCGCCGUCGAGAAACCCGGCUCCUUCAUCGUCGACUACAACGUUCCCAAAAAGGACUUUCGGUUCCAGUUCAUGAACACGGUUAGGGUUGGAGACAGGGCGUUGAAUUUGACCUACGUGCACAGCAGGGGGGAUAACCGGACUGUACUGGACGGCACCUUUGUGGUGGAUCCCGCGAACAAGGUUUCGGCGAAUUACGCGCUGGACUCGGGGAACUGCAAGUUGAAGUAUAGUUAUGUUCACAAGGGGUUGACCACUAUUGAACCCACCUAUGAUGUGGCGAAGAACACAUGGGAUUUCGCCGUUUCGAGGAAGGUUUACGGUGAUGACUCGUUGAGGGCUUCAUACCAGACAUCCAGCAAGGUUUUGGGAGUUGAGUGGGCGCGGAAUCCUAAACACAAUGCUGGAUUCAAGAUUAUAGCAUCUGUUAACUUGGCUGAGGAGUUGAAAGCGCCCAAACUUAUUGCUGAGACCACAUGGAAUUUUGAGAUGUAGCUUGAUUCCAAUAUAUUGUUUCAAUUGCUUGAUAGGUUUACUGUCAAGUUUUGAAGGCUUUUUCGAUCACACCAUUGGGCAUAUUUUGCCUCUGAAUAUUAUAUUACAUGCUUGAUAGUAUUUUGAUCAUGUUAUGAGCAAUCUGGCAUUAAUUGUCCA